CUCGCGCAUUAAUAUCCAGUCUCGUGUUACAAUAAUACGCUCUGGACAAUUUUAAUAACAAUAUCGCGAUAGAAACUGCCUGAGAAGAACUAUAAAGAAGAGAAGAAUGUCGUGUCUGAAAGCUGUCCGUUCCCACUGUCUGAUGUAUAGUGUAGCGCAGGCGAUCAAUUAAUGCAUGAUCAGACGUGCCAUAGACCUAUACAUAACACUACAGCAUUCUGGGUAAAUACAUCCACACCCCCACACCCCGCUCCAAGUUACAUACUAGUGCUGCAUUGUGCAUAAACCUGCUCCAGGUGUUUGUGAUCAUGUGACUUGGUGAGUGACGUGAACAUGAGCAGUGCUGAUGGAUGCUGUAGUCCCGCAAGCUUAUCGGCUCUAACCUGACACCUGAUCAUGAUCAUGAUGGAAAGCUUGAUUAGAGAAUCAUUUACAAAGUUGCAGAAAUAAAUCACUUUGUAUUUGAUACUUACAGACUUUUAUUUUGUCCUUCAGAUUGUGAUUUUUUUUCUGACUCCUCAGCUGUCCGUCCAUCAUGAAGCUGAAUCUGUUUCUCCUGUUUCUCACUGCAGGUCUGGUCCCAGUCACUGUAUCCGUCCUGAGAACCGUCCCUCACAAUUAUAACCUGAUGAUGACACCGGUGACCUGGCCUGUUGCACAGAAUUACUGCAGGGUGAUGUACACUGACCUGGCAACAAUCCUAAGUGAUACUGAUUGGCUACGAUUUGAGAAAGAAGCAGCAAGCAAACGUCUGACAACAUCUGCCUGGGUCGGAUUGUACAGUGAUCUCAAUAGCUGGCGCUGGUCCUUAAACGAUCUCCCACUGAAUGUCAGUUAUACCAAUUGGUACCCUGGACAGCCUGAUAAUGCUGGUGGAAAACAAACAUGUGGUUUAGCAGUUUCAUAUGGUAAAUGGUGGGAUGACCAAUGUACAAGACUACUGCCCUUCAUAUGCUACAAUGCUAGUUUCAGUGGUGCUGCCAGGUUCAUCGGCAUCAGUAGUCCUUAUAUGACCUGGCCUCAAGCUCAAACUUACUGCCGAACACAUCACACAGACUUGGCCAGCUCUCUUAACAGUUCUGACAGCGACAUAUUAUGGCAGGUGAGGGAUAAACAGGGUGAUUCCUGGAUUGGGCUUUACAGAAACGCUUGGAAGUGGUCAGACGGGACCAACGCUUCAAACAUCCCAUGGGCUCCUGGACUACCUGACAAUUACUGGGGCCGUGAGAACUGUGCAAGGUUUUAUAACGGACUGUUCUAUGAUGAACAAUGCACCAACCUGUACUAUUUCUUCUGUCACACCAUUUACCCAGCGAGGGGUCAGAUAAUCAGACUGCAGGUGAAGUCUGAUGGGAGUGUGUUUGAUCCUGCUGUGCAGUCGUCCAUUUUAGAUCAGAUCAAACAGAAACUGGAGGAAAAAGGCAUGUUGGAGAACACCACAGUGACCUGGAAGGUGCAGCCAGAUGGAAACAUCUUCCACAAGAAAAAGGAUGAUCUGUAACGUCUAAACGCUCACCUUCAAGUCGAGCAGAUUCCAAACUGACUGAAAUUUUAUUUAACCUACAACAUUUAAGCUUUAAUCAGUAGGCAGUGUCAGAGGACAAGAUUAGCCAGAAGUAGAGGAAUAAACGUAUUUAAUUGCUCUGAUUGGAACACGCCCACUUUGACUUUGCAACCGAAAUUUUAAAGUCAGAUUUCACUGCAACUUUUUAAUAUUGAACAUGUUCAGCUUUUGCCUCAAGAGGCCACUGAACACAGUGAUAAGGAGAAAGUCAGAGAGGGUAUGUUCAAUACUGGGUUUAAUGCAUCAGUGUGUUGUAGUAAAGAAUAAUUCUUAUAUAGAAUAUAGUGAAUGUAACAGAACCUGUAAAUACACUGUGUGUACUUUGGACAGUCAAAUAUAAUGCACUUGACACUUACUUUAAUUUUCUUCUUCCAAAUCUACAGUUAUAAAUAUAUACUCAUUUCUUGUUUUGUUUCCAUUUCUGUUCCUAAAGGCAUUAUUAUACAUUAAUAUCAAUAAACAAUUUUAAAUUGUC